GCCGCCGGCCGGCGAGCGCAGCCGCCGCCCGCGGAGCCGGGCCCCGAGACGUGCUGCUCCGGACACCUUUCUGUCCGGCCUCUUCCACUUACGCCGUGCUUUCCAGGCCCAUCCGUGCCGUGUGUUGUGUCAGUGCUUCGUUCCUUUUUGUGGCUGACUGUCCCAGUACGUAGAGGGGGCACAGUUGCUGGUCUGUCGGUCAGCUGAUGGACAGUUGGGCUGUUCCCACGUGUCGGCUGCUGUAAAUCGUGCUGCUGUGAAUGUUCCUGUACACGCGUGAACCUACACUUGCAUUCCUCGUGGAGUAACUGCUGGAUCACGUGGCGCAGCCUCCCGACGCCGGCGCGGCGCCCGCGGCCAUGGCGCGCGCGCGGCACGUCAUCAUCAACGUAGGCGGCUGCCGCGUGCGCCUGGCCUGGGCCGCGCUGGCCCGCUGUCCGCUCGCGCGCCUCGCACGCCUGCGCGCCUGCCGCGGCCGCGACGAGCUGCUGCGCGUGUGCGACGACUACGACGUGGGCCGCGACGAGUUCUUCUUCGACCGCAGCCCCGGCGCCUUCCGCGCCAUCGUGGCGCUGCUGCGCGCCCGGAAGCUGCGGCUGCUGCGCGGCGCCUGCGCGCUGGCCUUCCGCGAGGAACUGGCCUACUGGGGCCUCGACGAGGCGCGCCUGGAGCGCUGCUGCCUGCGCCGCCUGCGCCGCCGCGAGGAGGAGGCGGCCGAGGCGCGCGCCGGGCCGCCCGGGAGCCCCGCCGGCGCCCCGGGGCCCGGCGGCGGGCGGCGGCGCCUGCGCGACGUGGUGGACGACCCGCGCUCGGGCCCGGCCGGCAAGCUCUUCGCCUGCGUGUCCGUGGCCUUCGUGGCCGUGACGGCGGUCGGCCUCUGCCUCAGCACCAUGCCGGACAUCCGCGCCGAGGAGGAGCGGGGCGAGUGCUCCCCCAAGUGCCGAAACCUGUUUGUGCUGGAGACCGUGUGCGUGGCCUGGUUCUCCUUCGAGCUCCUGCUGCGCUCGCUGCAGGCCGAGAGCAAGUGCGCCUUCCUGCGGACGCCGCUCAACAUCAUCGACAUCCUGGCCAUCCUGCCCUUCUACGUGUCGCUGCUCGUGGGCCUGGCCGCGCGGCGCGGCGCGGCCGGCAGCAAGCUGCUGGAGCGCGCGGGGCGGCUGCUGCGCCUGCUGCGCGCGCUGCGCGUGCUCUACCUGGUGCGCCUGGCGCGCCACUCGCUGGGGCUGCGCUCGCUCGGCCUGACCGUGCGCCGCUGCGCGCGCGAGUUCGGGCUGCUGCUGCUCUUCCUCUGCGUGGCCAUGGCCCUCUUCGCGCCGCUGGUGCACCUGGCCGAGCGCGAGCUGGGCGCGCGCCGCGACUUCUCCAGCGUGCCGGCCAGCUACUGGUGGGCGGUCAUCUCCAUGACCACCGUGGGCUACGGCGACAUGGUGCCGCGCAGCCUCCCCGGGCAGGUGGUGGCGCUCAGCAGCAUCCUCAGCGGCAUCCUGCUCAUGGCCUUCCCGGCCACCUCCAUCUUCCACACCUUCUCGCGCUCCUACUCGGAGCUCAAGGAGCAGCAGCGGCGCGCCGCCCGCCGCGAGCCCGCCCUGCGCGAGGACAGCACGCGCUCCGCUUCCGCCUCCGCCUCCGCCACGGAGGACGGCGGCUCGCGGGGCCCUGACGGCGCCGGCCCGGCCGGAGACGCCGCGGACGGGCCGUGGGUGCAGGGGGGGCCGCCCCGAGCCGGCGGGGACGCAGCGCCCGGCACAGGGGCUGCUUCUCCGGAGCUCCAGGGCCAGAGCGGCGUCCUCGCCUCCCGCCGCGCACGCAGGGGACGGGCCCCGCUGCCUUCGCCGUGCAUGUCGCUCCACCCGCACAGCCCAGAGCUGGGCCCGGGGCUGACCCUGGCCUGA